AGCCCACAGAAAUUUUAAAAUUCAAACAGACAAUAAUCCAUAUCUGACUCCAUCCAAAAUAAGAAACUUCUAUCCAUUUUCACUCUCUAUAUAUUAUAAAUAGACAUAUAGAAUUAGAGGUAGAAUCAUAGAUACGGAGAGCACUUGUCAUCAAAGAAAAAAGAAAUGAGCUUUGGAGUGAUAAUAUCAGGAAACGAAGCAGCUGGCUUCAACCUCUGCGCAAAACCCAACGACCACCUAUCUUCAAAAUUCUCAAUGUCUGAAGCUUCUUCUCAACUUCAAUUCAAAACCCAUGUCACAAAACCAAGCAUUUCCAUUAGAACUCGAACAAAGGCGACCAUUAACAACCUGUAUGGUACAGCACAGACCACAGAGAGCUUCUAUGAGCUGUUGGGCAUAUCAGAGAGCGGAAACCUUUCAGAAAUCAAGAAGGCGUACAAGCAACUGGCUCUGAAGUACCACCCGGACGUGUCGCCGCCGGAGCGGAUGAAGGAGUACACCAGGAGGUUCAUUCGAGUACAGGAGGCUUAUGAGACUCUGUCCGACCCCAAAACAAGAGCCAUCUAUGAUAGAGACUUGGUUGGUGGUUUGAACCUGGCUCUCUCCACAAGAAAACGGUCUCAAUAUGACCAGAGAUUUGACGACUGGGUUGAAUGGAGGAACCGUUGGCAGUCUCAACUCAGUGAGUUAAAGAAAAGGAGGGAAAAUAAGGAUUCAAGAAGGCAUGCGACAUGGGAAUCUCGAGGACGCAGGCAAAGAAGUCAAACAAUAUUUGAUGAUGAUGAUGAAUCAUUCUCGUCAUACUAAGAAGAGUUUUACUUUUGCAUUGCUUCUUCAUCUAACAGAGCAUUCCUUUUACAUGCUUUGGCUAUAGCGAGAAAAGAAACAGAACCAGUUCUUGAUUAUUACAAUUUGUCAAUUUAGCCCAUGUACGUACAUAUCAUUUUUGUUCCAAAUAAAUACUACUGCCUGCUCUACAUGAUGGUGUUUUUCAAGUAAA